UGUCGCGUUCAGCGAAGAGCUUCAGUGGAACAGGACUAGAAACACAACGCCCUGGGAUCUCCAGGUUGCCUGUUCUUUGUUUCCUCCUUACACAUGUGAGCUAAUUUGGACCCAAGAACUCGGGUGGUGUUCGAGGAUUGGAGACACGAUGGCGUCCGAGUCCCCGCGCCGUCCCAGCCGCUGUGCGGGGGGCGUGGUCGUGCGUGCGCAGGCCGCCACGGAGCAGUCCUACAUGGAGAGCGUGGUGACCUUCCUGCAGGACGUGGUCCCACAGGCCUACAGUGGUGGACCUCCAACAGAUGAGAAGGAGAAGGUGAUCUGGGUUCGGUUUGAGAAAGCGGACAUUAAUGAUGUGUGCCGCUCCCCGGAGUUCCUGGAGUGCCACGGUGGCGGUUCUGGCCCUCCUCUCUGCCUCAUGAUUGGCUACACGGACGGGAUGCAGAUCUGGAGCAUAUCUCUCAGUGGAGAGGCGCAGGAGCUGUUCUCAGUGCGUCAGGGCCCAAUACGGGCGGCCAGAGUCCUGCCUGCGCCACACAUCAGUCCUCUGAAGAUGGACGGCUUCGCAGACAAGAGACCCCUCCUCGCCGUGUGCAAGGCAACCGGGUCCUCUGGGACCAGUCUUCCGUACUGCUGUGUGGAUCUGUACUCUCUGCGCUCGGGGGAGAUGGCCAAAUCCAUCCAGUUCAAAACUCCCAUCUACGACCUGUCCUGCAACCAACGGAUCCUGGUUGUCGUUCUGCAGGAGAAGAUCGCCGCGUUCGACAGCUGCACGUUCACCAAAAAGUUCUUUGUUACGAGCUGUUACCCCUGCCCCGGGCCCAACCUCAACCCCAUCGCCCUUGGCGACCGCUGGCUGGCCUACGCCGAGAACAAGCUGAUUGGUUGCCAUCAGUCUCGGGGCGGAGCCUGCGGGGACAAUGCCCAGUCCUACACGGCCACCGUCAUCAGCGCCGCGAAGACGCUGAAGUCGGGCCUGACGAUGGUGGGCAAGGUGGUGACGCAGCUGGCGGGCACGCUGCCCGCGGGCGCCCCGGGGGAGGAGGAGGCCCCGCCCCACAGCGCCGCCGCCCGCCGGGGAGGCCACGCCCCCGGAGUCGUCACCGUCAUCGACACGCUCAACGUGGGGGAGGGGCAGGUUAUGGUCAGUGAGGACUCUGAUGGAGAGGGUGUGGUCGCCCACUUCCCAGCUCAUGACAAACCCAUAUCCUGCAUGGCCUUCAAUCCAAGCGGCAUGCUGCUGGUGACGGCCGACACGCUGGGCCACGACUUCCACGUCUUUCAGGUCCUCACCCACCCCUGGACCUCGUCCCAGAGCGCCGUCCACCACCUGUACACCCUGCACCGCGGGGAGACCGAGGCCAAGGUGCAGGACAUCUGCUUCAGCCCCGACUGCCGCUGGGCGGUGGUCAGCACGCUGCGCGGCACCUCGCACGUCUUUCCCAUCAGCCCCUACGGCGGGCCGGCGUGCGUGCGCACGCACAUGUCGCCGCGCGUGGUCAACCGCGUCAGCCGCUUCCAGAAGAGCGCCGGGCUGGAGGAGAUGGAGCAGGAGCUGAGCAGCAAGCCGGGGGGCCGCUGCAGCCCCGUGCACCUGUCCAGCAGCCCCUCGGGCUCGCCCCUGCACGCCAAGCUGAGCAGCCAGGAGUCGUACAACAACCUGAGCAACAACAACCUGGGGAACCCCCGGCUCUCCCCCCUGCCCAGCCUCACCGUGGUUCAGCCCCUGGCCCAGGUCAAGCAGCCCGUCACCCUGGGAACCAUCACCAAGCGCACGGGACCUUACCUCUCUGGGGCAGGAUGUUUUGCCAUUAAAACUCCAUGCAAAGCCAAGCCGCCCCCUCAGAUUUCGCCCAGUAAGUCCCUGGCGGGAGAGUUCUGUGUGGCGGCCAUCUUUGCCCCGUCCCGCUCCCGCUACAGCAGCAACCCCAGCAUGAAGAGGGAGAAAGACCAGGCCAAACAGCCGGUGGUGGACUCCCUCUACAUCCUCAGUUGCUAUGGUAAUCUGGUGGAGCAUGUGCUGGAGCCUCGUCCAAUCAGCAUGGCUCAGAAGAUCAACGACGACACACCCCUGGAGCUCAGCACCAGCCCCCGAGCCUGCUGGACCCUGGCCAGGACGCCACAGUGGAAUGAACUCCAGCCCCCAUUUAACACCAACCACCCCCUCCUGCUUGCAUCUGACCUGGUGCAGCACUACCAGUACCUCCUGUCUGGCUUGGUUCCCCCUGGGAGUCCUGGACCAAUCACGCGGCACGAGUCCUAUGACAGCCUGGCCUCCGACCACAGCGGGCCGGACGACGAGGAGUGGCUCUCCCAGGUGGAGAUCGUGACGCACACGGGGCCCCACCGGCGCCUGUGGAUGGGCCCCCAGUUCCAGUUCAAGACGCUGCACCCGUCGGGCCAGACCACGGUCAUCUCCUCCAGCUCCUCCGUGCUGCAGUCCCACGGGCCCAGCGACUCCCAGCAGCCCCUGCUCGACUUCGACACCGAGGCCCUGGACCUUCACAGCCUGCGGAUCCAGCCUGUGCGCUCGGAGCCAGUGAGCAUGCCCGGCUCCUCCUCCCGGCUCGGAACUGAGAGGCGGGGCCAGUCCAUCGACGGGGGAUCAGGAACGUUCGACCACGGCGUCACCCUCCUGGAGGUGUGCGGCAGCUGGCCGGACAGCUUCGGCCUGCGUCACGUGACCUGCGCCGACACCACGGAGGAGGGGCUGCGGGAGCGGCUGGCCGACGCCAUGUGCGAGUCGCCCGGCCGGGACGUGGUGGGGGCGGGCACAGAGCUCCAGAGGGAGGGCAGUAUUGAGACCCUCAGUAACAGCUCCGGCUCCACCAGCGGCAGCAUUCCUCGCACCUUUGAGGGGUACAGGUCCCCCCUCCCCACCAACGACAGCCAGCCCCUCAGCCUCUUCCCCUCUGGAUUCCCCUGAUCAGGGGGGGACCCCCGAAACAUUUUCUCUCCCCCCCCCUCCGUUUAACCAGGACCCAGUCUCUCAGAGUAGCCCAGACACAGAACCCCUUCUGUGCGUCGCACAUCCUACCAGGUUUUUAUUUUUGGGUAAAAUAGGAUGAAAACAGGAAAUCAAGCUAGGUUUUUCAUUGCAUUAAUGUUGUGAAUGAGAGUGUGCAUAUAUGUGUGUGUGUGUGUGUGUGUGUGUGCGUGUCUGUGUGUGUGUGUGUGUGUGUGUGUGAGUGCGUGCAUGUGUGUGUGUGUGUGUGUGUGUGUGUGUGUGUGUGUGUGUGAUAGCUUUUUCUCUGUCCCGGCUCUGGAGGACCAGCGGGCUGGCUGGUGUAAUUGCUGGUCAUUUGUGUUUGUUUGCUUGCCUCCUCAUCUUUGAUCAUGUGGCGAAUGAUGAGCUCGCUGCCGCCAGUCACUGUGUGGCUGUGCAGUGGGCGUGUCCGAGCGCGUAGUGGGCGUGUCCUCCGAAUCCCCCUGGGGCCGGUGUUCUCCCCCCCGGGAGCCCCACGCUUCCAGCAGGACUCCCCCUUAGCGUGAGUCGGGGGGAGCCCCAGCCCUCCUCUCCGCUGUCCUUGAGAACUUAGAGGUCGUCGGGCCGGUUCCCACAGGACAGCCAAUCCAAACCUGCGGCUUCACCCGCAGAAACAGCGCAGUCCUCAUCGAACGGCAGUACAGCUCUUCCUGUUCCACGGGGCGUUUUCCCGCCAGCCAAUCACGCCGUAAACCGACUGUCCCGCACGCCUGUCGCUCGCCGUCGGGUCGGAGCGCGUUAAGCCCCGCCUCCUGUCGCGCGUGCGUGUGCGUGUGCGUAAGAAGGCCUCUCCCCCUCUGCUCGGUGUGGAUUCACCACGGCCUCCGUCACUUCUGCUUUCGCACCGAACCGAAACUUUGACUCAGUUCCAUCCGCCGUGAUCCGUAUUAGAGCUUCGUUCUUUUGCUUCGAGGGGGAGUUCUGCUUUUGAUAGGAAGAAGUUGCUGAAUGCAUUUUAUCGCUUCCUGAAGGGGCAUUCGGUGCGCUCCGUCGAUGGAAUUAUUAAAUACCGAUUGAAAAUAUGAUGGAUUUUAUUGGGAGAAUUGGCUGCUUUCUUUCUGUAGGUAAAAGAGCGGUAUUGUUUGGUAUAGAGAAGAAGCAGGAAGUAACCUCAAGCAGCAGUGUGAGCCUUAACCAAAUCUCUAAAUGUGUAGCACACACACACACACACACACACACACACACUCAAGCACACACACUCUCACACGCGCGCACACACGCACACACACACAAACACAAACACGCAGGUGACACAGAGGAAGGCUUCGUGGGGACGCUACUAUUAAGUUCCUGGUUUGAGCCGAUCAUUGUUUUGCAGUGCAGAACAAAGUGCUUGUAUUAGCUCUAGUCAAUCAGUAGACCUGCUUCCAGUUCUGUGAAUGUCAGAAUGCCUUUCAGAAAAUUUACUUUGGAAUUGCGUGCGUUAAAAUGAGUUGGUUGAAUCGCUUUCAUUAUUACUUACAAAGUGUGCCAGUUUUGGAAAAUAUAAGAUAUCUCGUCUAAAUUCGUACUAUUUUUUAAUGGAAUACGAGUGGUCAAAUAUGCACCAAGUAUACCCGGCAUAUCGAUUGUGUUGAAAAGUAAGAAAUUCCUACAUUUUUGGUUACGCAUUAUUAAUUCAAGUCAUUGCUGACUGCUAGACUUGUCACUGAAUGACCGGGUUCCGGUCUUACCCAACAAAAUAAUGUCACUUAGGCAAAAUGACUAAGAUUGCCAUGGAAACGGUUCCAAUUGUUAAUUAGUCAUUACAACAUUGCCGUUUGUGACUCUACUGUCUUUUGUCGCGCACGCAGCCAAUAGCAGAACCACUGUAGGGAACUUACCAGCUGACCUCGCAGGACUACAGUGAGCGCUGCAUUUGAUUGGACGACUCUUGAGAGCGUAUUCACAGCGUCAUUGGCUCUCCUGAGCCCGGCCGUAUAGCUCUGAACAAAGCAAAUGUGUAUAUUAAUGACUGAAUUCAUGUGUGAACCCAGAGAAUGGACUGUGUUUGCUGUACAACUUCCAACUAAUGUAUAAAAGACUUAAAAACCAAUGUG